GGCGGUAGUUGUUUUCUACGACGCGUUUGAAAGAAGGAAAAGUAAAAUUUGGUCGCGGUGGCAAAUCUACUAUGCUCGGCGAUGAGAGCAAAGUGUUGUGCCCCAUUAUCACCCUUCAUACUGCGACUCUCACCUUCAGGCCUUGUAUCCUACAUUUCCAUUUUUUCUUGAGAAAGGUCUCAUGUCUUUGCGUUCAAUAGCCCUAGAAACACCACCUCCAAUCAGCUGCACUUCUAGCUCUGCUUUAUUUAGAAAAUGCCACCGCUGGAGUUAUGUUGCUCACAGGAACAAUCUUGUCCUCCGAUUCUGUUCAAAUUCAAUUGCGGUGCUGCCUCCUUCAAUGGAGGCGGCUUGUUUCUCGAACCCACAGUUCCUGUUUCAUUUUCCCGUUUGAUUUCGUCUAGAAUUCCUCUCGGUACUGCUUCUUGUUCGGCUUCUUCUGCAUACUAUUCCCAGCAACCUGUAGUUUUUGGAGGUUUCCGGAGACCGAGGAGGACCUCUGCUACAGCUGGUGGUUGGUUUUUGUCGGCUAGCUUGAGAGGGGGUAAAUUUGUUGGGGACCCCAAGAUAGAUACGGUGCAAAACGGAGGCAAGAGCUCCGACAAGGCUGUUUCGAGUGCCAAUGCAGUUGCUGGGCAACGAAAGUCACAAAAGGUUAGAGUGCGGGGCGGCAGUGCUAUGAACACCACCAAGCAUCUAUGGGCUGGUGCUAUAGCUGCCAUGGUUUCUAGAACUUGUGUUGCCCCACUUGAAAGACUUAAGCUGGAAUACAUAGUUCGUGGUGAACAGAAGAAUAUUUUUGAGCUUAUUAAAACAAUUGCGGCUUCUCAAGGAUUGAGAGGCUUUUGGAAGGGGAACCUUGUUAAUAUUCUCCGAACAGCUCCGUUUAAAGCAGUUAAUUUUUGUGCUUAUGAUACAUACAGAAAGCAGUUACUCACAUUGUCAGGAAAUGAGGAAACUACCAAUUUUGAGAGGUUUAUUGCAGGUGCUGCAGCUGGAAUCACUGCUACCAUUAUUUGCCUACCACUUGACACUAUUCGAACCAAGAUAGUGGCACCUGGUGGGGAAGCCUUGGGUGGUGUAAUUGGAGCUUUCCGCUACAUGAUUCACACUGAAGGGUUCUUUUCUCUUUACAAGGGUUUAGUGCCCUCGAUUAUAAGUAUGGCUCCUUCUGGAGCGGUUUAUUAUGGAGUAUAUGAUAUACUGAAGUCUGCAUAUCUGCAUUCGCCCAAAGGAAUGAAAAGAAUUCAGAACAUGAAAAAAGAGGGGCAGGAAUUGAAUGCCUUCGACCAGCUUGAGUUGGGGCCAAUAAGGACGCUACUGUAUGGGGCUAUUUCUGGUGCUUGUGCUGAGGCUGCUACCUACCCGUUUGAAGUGGUAAGGAGGCAGCUUCAAAUGCAAGUGCAAUCCACAAAAUUAAGUUCCUUAGCAACUUGUAUCAAGAUUGUUGAGCGAGGAGGCAUUGCAGCUCUCUAUGCUGGACUUAUUCCCAGCUUAUUGCAGGUGCUUCCUUCAGCAGCGAUAAGUUACUUUGUCUAUGAGUUCAUGAAAAUAGUUCUCAAAGUGGAAUAGGUAGCAAGUAGAUCCUCAGGGGGGAGCCGGAUGGACUGUAGACUGUUCGUUGUCUCCCGUUCUCUAUAUCGUGUGGAGAGGACCGACAGAGGGUUAUGGACAGGAUAAUGGUGGUUGCCUCUUCACUCCAACUCCCCACCCUCCUCAUUUACUAGGCUUUUGUUUUGAAUGAAAUUGUUAGGACUGAGGAGUUAGGCCUAAUAAUUAAGAACAUGAUACGGACGUUUGCUGUCACGAAAGGUAUACUAUUCAUUCAUUCAUUUAUUUUUCGAGUAGCGAACGAAAGGCAUAUUUUGCACAUUGCAAAUAGGAGGAUCAACAUCCUUCGUAUAAUUUUCAUUUGGUUUUGAAAAAAUACUUUCGUCUUCACGCGUUUCUUUUUUUCUUGAUGAAAACUAUUGUUUCGAA